AGGCCUCGGCGGCGGCAGCGGUGCGGCUGAGAUGGCGGCGGGCGGAGCGCUGCUGCGGGCGUUGGGCUUCGCCGCCCUUCUGCUGCCCGCCCUGCCUCGCGGGUCGCCCGGAUCGGCGGAGCGCCGCUGCUUCUGCCAGGUCACUGGCCAUUUAGACGACUGCACCUGCGAUGUAGAAACCAUCGAUGCCUUCAACAACUACAAGCUGUUUCCUAGGCUGAAUCAACUUCUGGAAAGCGACUAUUUCAGAUACUACAAAGUAAACCUAAAGAAACCGUGUCCUUUCUGGAAUGACAACAGUCACUGCGGAAUAAGAGACUGUGCUGUAAAACCCUGCCCAUCUGACGAAGUCCCUGAUGGAAUCAGAUCUGCAGGUUACAAGUAUUCAGAGGAAGCCAACAGCCGUGCUGAAGAAUGUGAAGAAGCCAACAGACUUGGGGCUGUGGAUGAGUCAUUGAGCAAGGAAACCCAGCAGGCAGUGCUCCAGUGGACGUGGCACGAUGACUCUUCAGACAGCUUCUGUGAAGCUGAUGACAUCCAUUCUCCCGACGCAGAAUAUGUGGAUUUACUGCUGAAUCCUGAGCGCUAUACUGGCUACAAAGGACCUGAUGCCUGGAAGAUAUGGAACAGUAUUUAUGAAGAAAACUGCUUCAAGCCUCAGAAUGUGAAAAGACCUUUGACAUCUGGUAGAGGAGACGAUGGAGGGCAGAUGUUUUACAAGUGGUUGAAAGGUGUCUGCGUAGAGAAACGAGCUUUCUACAGGCUCAUUUCUGGUCUCCAUGCAAGCAUCAACAUUCACCUGAGCGCCAGGUACCUCUUACAAGAUACUUGGUCAGAGAAGAAAUGGGGCCCCAACGUUACAGAGUUCCAGCAGAGGUUUGAUGAGGUUGUCACCAGAGGGGAAGGCCCCAGAAGACUGAAGAACCUCUAUUUUCUCUACCUGAUUGAGCUGCGGGCUCUGUCCAAAGUGCUGCCCUUCUUUGAGCGCCCAGGUUUCCAGCUGUACACGGGGAAUCAAAGUCACGAUGCAGAAAUCAAGAACCUAUUGCUGGAAGUUCUCCAUCUGGCCAAGUCUUUUCCGCUGCAUUUUGAUGAAAACUCGUUCUUUGCAGGGAAUAAAAAGGAAGCUGCUAAACUAAAGGAGGAAGUCAGGCUACACUUCAAGAAUAUUUCUAAGAUAAUGGACUGCGUUGGCUGCUUCAAGUGUCGCCUGUGGGGGAAGCUGCAGACACAGGGCCUGGGCACAGCGCUGAAGAUCCUCUUCUCUGAAAGCCUGAUAGAAAAGAUUCCUGAAAGCGGCCCUUCCUAUGGAUUCCAGCUGACAAGACAAGAAAUCGUGGCUCUGUUUAAUGCUUUUGGAAGGAUCUCAACAAGCGUCAGAGAGCUGGAGAACUUCAGGGCCAUCUUACGAACCAUGCGGUGAAUGCAGCCGAGAAAGACUGAAGCUUUCCUGCUCCCCUCCUGGGUUCUUCAGCAAUAGGCCAACACCACAACCCCACUGCCCUCUGAGCGCUGCAGGUGAAGCCAUUUGCUGAGCCUCACACUCCUGGUUGACCGUCUGUCUGGAAGCUGCUGGUGCCAAAUAUUUUGUGCAGAACCAAAAACCCCUUGUUUUGUACAGAAGUGAGGACUGUACGUAAAGUUUAUUUUAUAUAGAUCACUCUGAACGACUUCUCUAACUACUGCUGUAUUGUUUGGAGGGGUGAGACCACUCUCUUUACCUUCAGAAGCUGAAGGCAGAGCCUGAAUAAAGUCGGGGAAAGUUC